AUGCGGAAUCUGGAUCUGUCCUGGCUGGGAUUGGGGCCCACAUCAGCCUCACCAUGGUUUCUCUUUUUCUUGGUUGGAGCAUCCUGGCUCUUGGCCCACUGCCUCACCAGGAUUUUCACUUUGUAUGAAAAGUGUCGUCGUCUCCGAGGUUUCCCUCAGCCACCCAAGAGGAAUUGGUUUUGGGGUCAUUUGGGCAUGUCUCCUCCCACGGAACAAGGCAUGAAGGAGAUGACUGAGCUGGUGGCCACCUAUCCGCAGGGCUUCGUGACCUGGUUAGGUCCAGCGGUUCCCCUCAUCCAUCUGUGCCAUCCUGACAUCAUCCGAUCUGUCGUCAGUGCCUCAGCUGCGGUUGCCCCAAAGGAUGCCAUCUUCUACAGCUUCCUGAAACCUUGGCUGGGGGACGGGCUUUUGGUGAGUGCUGGUGACAAAUGGAGCCGCCACCGUCGCAUGCUGACACCCGCCUUCCAUUUCAACAUCCUGAAGCCCUAUGUGAAGAUUUUCAAUGACAGCACCAACAUCAUGCAUGCCAAAUGGCAGCACCUGGCUUCAGGGGGUAGCACUCAUCUGGACAUGUUUGAGAACAUCAGCCUCAUGACCUUGGACACUUUGCAGAAAUGUAUCUUCAGCUUCAGCAGCAACUGUCAGGAGAAGCCCAGCGAAUAUAUCGCUGCCAUCUUGGAGCUCAGUGCUCUGGUUGUGAAAAGAAAUGAACAGCUGCUUCUACGCAUGGACAUGCUCUACCGCCUCACACAUGAUGGAAUGCGUUUCUAUAAGGCCUGCCGCCUGGUACAUGACUUCACAGAUGCCAUCAUCCAGGAGCGACAUCGUACUCUGCCCAGUCAUGGUGGUGAUGGUGUCAUCAAGGCCAAAGCCAAGUCCAAGACUCUGGACUUCAUUGAUGUGCUGUUGCUGAGCAAGGAUGAAGAUGGAAAGAAGUUGUCAGAUGAGGACAUCCGAGCUGAGGCUGACACCUUCAUGUUUAGGGGCCAUGACACCACAGCCAGUGGGCUCUCCUGGACCCUGUACAACCUAGCAAAGCACCCUGAAUACCAGGAGCGCUGCCGGCAGGAAGUGCGGGAGCUCCUUAAGGACCGAGAGUCUACGGAGAUUGAAUGGGACGACCUGGCCCAGCUGCCCUUCCUCACCAUGUGCAUCAAGGAGAGUCUGCGGUUGCAUCCUCCUGUCACAAUGGUCUCCCGCUGCUGCACCCAGGACAUUUCUCUCCCAGAUGGCAGGGUCAUCCCCAAAGGCGUCAUCUGCGUCAUCAAUAUUUUUGGAACCCAUCACAACCCAACUGUGUGGCGGGACCCUGAGGUGCGCUGUAACUCCCCACCUCCAUCCUUGUUCAUCUCUCAGUGGCCCCCGGAUAUCAGAUCUCUUUUCCAGGCACACUCGAGCCUCUCUGUCUCUGACUGUGUUGGUAGGUGCCACUCAUUCAUCAUGUCUGGUCUCUUGCAGGUCUAUGACCCCUUACGUUUUGAUCCAGAGAACAUCCAGGAUAGGUCACCUCUGGCUUUUAUUCCCUUCUCUGCGGGACCCAGGAACUGCAUAGGACAGACUUUCGCCAUGAGUGAGAUGAAGGUGGCCCUGGCGCUGACACUGCUGCGUUUCCGCAUCCUGCCUGACCACAAGGAGCCUCGCCGGAAACCAGAGCUGAUCCUGCGCGUGGAGGAUGGGCUGUGGCUGCGGGUGGAACCUCUGAGCCUAGGGGCACAGUGA